GGGUUCAAGCUUGGUCCUUGAGUUUGGAGGGAUUCACACAAUGGAGGAGAUCGGCAAAAAGGUUGGGGAGAUGUGAGAGGAAGACGAGAUUUUGAAAAAAAAAAAAAAAAGAAAGAAGAAGAAAGAAACGAGAAUGAGACAGCCGCUCUCCAAGCAGGAGUGCAGAUCAAACUUCGAAAUCCGUUUCAAGAUCAGCAAGUCCUGGAUCAGCAUCACCUUCAACUUGAAGAUGGGAGGAUAUUCUCUGGUGCCUUCCCUCUAGGUAUUCAUGUCUAGUACAUGAUUAUAUCGUACAUUGGUGGCACUUGUCUUUCGCCAUUCGGUUUCUAAGUUUAGACUUCUUAGUGACUGCCCAAUAAUUGCAUACAGUGCCAUUUCUUUUUCUAUCAUUCUUAGCUAAUGGCUCAAGGUACCAUGUGUGUUUGCGUACUAGUUUUAUUUUUAAUUGGUGUUGCGACUGUUCUUAGAAUUUCGUUAUAAUGGAAUUUUGGGGAUUGAGAACUGAUGUGACUUUGGGUUCUCUCGUGUAGAUAUGGAGUUAAAACAUGAGCUAUGAAGAUAAUAAAUAAACAAGAGUAAA